AUGUCCGGAAAACGACCAUUCAGAGUGAUCGUGGUUGGCGCCGGCAUAGGCGGGCUUACGCUGUCCAACGCACUUCAACGAGCAGGCAUCGACCACGUCGUCCUGGAGAAGCACAGGCAGGUCGUGUACCCUUCGGGUGCGAGUAUCGGGGUAUGGCCAAACGGAUCUCGUCUCCUCUCCCAGCUGGGCUGUCUUGAAUUGGCCAAGGGAGUGUGCGCUCCGAUGAAGACAAGCCUCAACCGCACCUCCGACGGAAAGGUCAUAACCGUCAGCAAGCUUUUCGACGAGAUUAUCAAAAGGCACGGAUACGAGUAUCUUCUACUGGAGAGACAGGAGUUCGUCAGGGCGCUUUACGACGGGUUGCCGAGCAAGGAGCCGGUCAAGACGGAGUGUGCUGUGACGGACAUUAUAGAGUCAGAGCACGGCGUCCGAGUCCUUCUGGACAAUGGGUCUUCCGAGGACGGCGACAUUGUUGUUGGAAGCGAUGGAGUUGCCAGUUCUGUUCGUCGGAUGAUGUGGGACAAGGCCAACAGCGUUGCCCCAAACUCGAUAGGGACUGCAGAGAUGAGAGCACUCAAAACACGCUACAAAUGCUUAGUAGGGCUUAGUCCCUCUAUCCCGGGGUUCCCAACGGGAAUCAUGGCCGUGGUACAUCACGAUGGAUUCAGUUUCUUGCUCUUCACCCAGCCCGAAAAGACGUUCUUCUUCGUGUUUAUCCACCUGGACACAACUUACUACUGGCCAUUGUUUCCGAAAUACACGAAACAGGACGCUGAGCGGGAGGCUUCGAAGCUCCUCAAUUUUCCAGUACACGACGGCGUAGUCUUUGGCGACAUAUGGGAGAAGAGGCUCCGCGGGGAGUUGGUCAACAUCGAAGAAGGCAUCGCUGGGCGCUGGCACUCGGGGCGUAUUGUGCUACUCGGGGACGCGGUGCACAAGUUCACCCCCAACACGGCGUUUGGCGGAAACUCCGCAAUGGACUCCGCUGCGACCUUGGCCAACCUCCUGCGGCAGAAGCUCGUCAACUCCCCAGACGGCCUGUCGUCGCACCCCGGCCAGUCUGAGCUCUCUGCUAUCUUCCAGUCGUACCAGGAGAAGCGUCAGUCCCCUGUGCGGUACAUCGGCUGGUUCAGCACACUCAUGACAAGAGUCGCGGCUUGCGAGAAUGCUCUUUUUAAGUUUAUGGCGAUUCGCGUGUUUCCACUAGCCAGUGACGCUUUAGUGGCCGACAUGUUCGCCUGGCAGGUCAAGAGAGGGGUCAAGUUGGACUACGUGCCGCUUGUCGAUGCGCCGCGGGGAACCGUGAAGUUUGAUGAUGACAGGGGCGAGGAAUCGGAGUUCAUGAGCAAGGACACUAUGUUUUGGUUCACGGGAAUGGCCGUGGUAUGUUGGGCCGUGUCCAUGUUUGUUCUUUCUCGUGAGAAAGCACAGCUCUGA